AUGAUGACGGGGAACCAUCCUACUAUUUCAUUUUCUGAUCUGGCCAUAUUGCCCGACAUCAUCACCACCAUCCUCUUCUUCACAAGCUGCACGCACCCGCCCGCCCCAGCCCACCACCAACCACGACGGGCAGAAGCCGAGCCCGGCCCGCAGGCAGUGCUUCCCCGGUGGCCCUGCUUCUCUUCGCCCGGGUAUCAGCCACCUCGGUUGAGUUUGCAGCCAGUGCCUCCAUCCCAGUAUACGAACAGUCCCACCAACGCUCGGGCCGGGAUCAGCUCCCUCAGCCUCGAUCAGGCCAAACAGAGCGCGUCUUGGCCCGGCGCAUGGCGUCAUGGCCUUGGUUUCAUGGCUGAGUCACUUGAUGCUCAAGCAGGCUUGCGGCUCUAG